AGAAAAAUAUAAAACAAGAGAAGACAUAAACAACACUAAAAACAAAUAAAACGAAAGCGUUUCGACACAGACGCUAGUCAGGAAACUAACCGCAAAGCAAUAGAAUCAAAUUCAGAGAGUGACUCUCUCUCUCUCUGAUUUGAUCAAUUUCAAUCCUAAAGUCUUCGUAUCCGCUAAGAUCAAAGCUCUAAACUUUCGUGUUUUGGGUUCUUGUUUCUCUCUUCGCUUCCGAUCGAUCCAAUUCUCUUCUAAUGGCUACGAUCGGACACAACAAUCUUAAUGCAAAAUUGGUUCUCCUUGGGGAUAUGGGUGCCGGAAAAUCUAGCCUCGUUUUGCGCUUUGUUAAGGGUCAAUUUCUCGAAUUUCAGGAAUCAACAAUAGGGGCGGCAUUUUUUUCUCAGACAUUGGCAGUAAACGAUGCAACGGUGAAAUUUGAGAUUUGGGACACGGCAGGACAAGAGAGGUACCAUAGCUUGGCUCCCAUGUAUUACAGAGGUGCUGCUGCAGCUAUCAUUGUCUACGACAUCACUAGCACAGAUUCCUUUUCACGAGCUAAGAAGUGGGUCCAGGAGCUUCAAAAGCAAGGCAAUCCAAACAUGGUCAUGGCUUUUGCGGGCAACAAAUGUGACUUGGAAGACAAAAGAAAAGUUACAGCCGAAGAAGCACGUGUGUACGCUGAGGAAAAUGGUUUGUUUUUCAUGGAGACCUCUGCCAAAUCUGCAGCCAAUGUUAAUGAUGUAUUUUAUGAAAUAGCCAAGAGAUUACCAAGGGCUCAGCCAUCUCAAAACCCAGCAGGGAUGGUUCUUGUUGAUAGACCUGCCGAAGGAUCUAAGGCUGCAUCGUGUUGUUCAUAAGUGUUUGUUUCAUCUGUAUUUACCCUCCUCCCCUUUUAUUUCAAAUUGUUUUCCGUGGUUUGUAUGUACUGCACAAUGCGUUGCCAUCACUGUUAUAUAUGGAGCUCCAACAGUGUAUGGAUGCAAUUUUCCACACAGAACUUGUUGGUUCAAAUUAUACCCUUUGGAUGCUUAUUUUGAGUCCCUUCGUUUAUUCAAGUAUAUGGGGUGAAAAAAAAAGGGUAUGAAUGUUAAGUUUCAAUCAACAAGAUUAGUUUUUUAUGAAUGUCAAGUUUUAGUCGACAAGAUUAGUGAUU